UUUAAAAGGGAAGUUGUUUAGUCACUCAUUCAAAGUCCGGGGGAGCGAUGUGGGAAGCGGAAUUUGGGGCCUGAACCUCCGUGCCUUGAUUAGUUGGUUGCUCCCUUUGCAGACCCUGCCGUUCUCUCAGUCCAAACUCUCAGCCGUAGACGUCGUGGUUCCAGCUCUAUCUGUACACACAUAACUCCAGGAAGCCGCUAGCUCCCGAUGUCUUCUGUCAAGUUAUGGCACAAUGGUGCGUCAUCGGUCUCUCUGGUGAGCCAUGAAGAACUGAAGAAACUGGAGUUUGUGGGCAAAGGAGGGUUCGGAGUCGUGUUCCGGGCACACCACAGAACAUGGAACCUUGAUGUAGCAGUCAAGAUAGUGAACUCGAAGAAGAUAGCCAGGGAGGUGAAGGCUAUGGUUAAUCUUCGUAAUGAGAACGUUCUGCUCCUGCUGGGGGUCACUGAGAACCUCCCGUGGGAAUAUAUGUCCGGGCAGGGUCUGGUGACAAGAUUCAUGGAGAAUGGCUCCAUCGCAGGCCUGCUGCAACCCACAUGCCCUCGGCCCUGGCCUCUCCUCUGUCGCCUGCUGCACGAAGUGGUGCUCGGGAUGUGCUACCUACACAGUUUGGACCCUUUGCUCCUGCACAGGGACCUCAAGCCCUCCAAUGUUCUGCUGGACCCAGAGCUCCAUGCCAAGCUAGCAGAUUUUGGCCUGUCCACAUUUCAUGGAGGGUCACAGUCAGGGUCAGGAUCAGGAUCUAGGGACUCAGGGGGCACCCUAGCUUACUUGGCCCCAGAGCUGUUGGUUAAUGUCAACGCGAAGGCUUCUAAAGCAAGUGAUGUCUACAGCUUUGGGAUCCUCAUGUGGGCAGUGCUGGCUGGAAGAGACGCUGAGUUGGUAGACAAUAUCUCACUAGUCCGUGAAGCAGUAUGUGACAGACAGAGGCGGCCACUACUGACAGAGCUGCCUCCAGACAGCCCUGAGACUCCUGGCUUGGACAGACAGAAAGAGUUAAUGAUGCAUUGCUGGAGUUCUGAGCCCACAGACAGGCCAUCCUUCCAGGACUGCGAACCAAAAACCAAUGAAGUUUUCAGUCUGGUAAAGGACAAGGUAGAUGCUACUGUCUCUGAGGUAAAGCAUUAUCUGUCUCAGCACAGAAGCAGAGACAGAAGGUUGUCUGCCAGAGAGCCAAGCCAAAGAGGCACAGAAAUGGAUUGCCCAAGGGACACCACAGUUUCUGAAAUGCUGGACCACCUGCAUUUGGAGGAGCCCUCUGGACCAGUUCCUGAAAAAUGCAUAAGCCUUUCUGAGAGAGCACAGGAAGCAGCAAUUGGGCGUGCCACACCAGCAAGGACAUCUUCUGACACAGUGGCUGGUACUCAACAAAUUCCACAUACUGCACCCUCCAGAGGCACAGCGCCUAGGCCGGUCUUUGCUGAGACUCCAGAUCCUAACCCCCAACGGAAUCAGGGAGAUGGAAGACACGGCACUCCUUGGUACAGCUGGACCCCAGAGCCAAAUCCAAUGACAGGUACCCGUUCUCCAUCCUCUGUUGCUCUCCCUGCUCAGCUCACCCGUCGCCCUCUCUCUUUCUCAGCACCAAUCUACAGACUCCAGUUACUCUGGAGGUGGGAAGGAAUGACUAGAGAUCAUCUAACCCAAUCUGCCUCGUUUAAUACGCGAGGAACAUGACACCCACUAGGAGACGAGCCUACUGAGGUCACACAACAAAAGUCGGGAAUGGCUGAUUUUUCCCAGCACCAGGUCUAUGAGCCCCCACAGUUCCUUUAUUGCUAAGGCAGUCCAGAGAGUCUCCUCUCAAAGACACCCAAACAGCAGGUACUACUACUCCUUUGAAUUCUGAAGAGACACGGCUCAUACUGGGACACAGUUGCUAGCAGGUGAAGACCUUGCUUUUGCAUCCCCAGGGUGAACACAAGGUUUCGCUGCCCCUCUCCCCAAAGUGUUUUUUUUUUUCCUUCGAGACAGGGUUUCUCUGUGUAGCCCUGGCUGUCCUGGAACUCACUCUGUAGACCAGGCUGGUCUCGAACUCAGAAAUCCUCCUGCCUCUGCCUCCCCAGUGCUGGGAUUAAAGACAUGCACCACCACUGCCCGGCUCCCCAAAGUGUUUGUUAACCUCCUCUUUCUUAACCUCUAGACCCCUUCACCACCACCACCACCUCCUUUUCUUC